ACUCGCAAGGGAGAGCUGGUCGUGUGGAACCUACACACGGGACGGCCGGUCCGUCAGAUCCAGAUCAACGCCACUCUGGAGGGUGGCAACCCGGCUCUACUGCCUCCACACACUGGCGUGGUCCACUGCAUCCGGUUGUCUUCAGACGGCCAGUAUCUGGUCACCGGAGCACAGGACCAGUUGGUGCGCGUGUGGACGAUGCCCGACGAGCGUCUGUUGCACACUCUUGAGGGACACGCGGAUGAUGUGAGUCUCGAGGUUCCUCUUUACGACUCUCCUUUUAGGGCCGCUCAUAGGCAUCGGACUGUAGAAAUAAGGUUGAAACAACACUUCAGUAGGGCAGGAUAA